AUGAUGACCUCUACGUCGCUUCACCCCCAUUCCCAGCUCGCCAAGGAGCUUGUACCCGAUAGCCCAUGCUCCCUUGUCUGCCCAUGGGCUCCUCUCCCAUCCAAAAACGAACCCAGGGACAACACAUCAUGUUCCAUUUCUAGCGUUGUGGAAUAUACAGUGCCAAGUUCUCAGACUGCCCUGGUCUUACAGGGAUUACGCCAGCCAUACGCCCUAACCCCUGCCCAUCCAGUUCCCCUGGUAUCGCGCUCCGACGAGCUCGUGAUCAAGAUUCAAGCUAUCGGACUGAACCCGAUUGACUGGAAAUCAGUUGACUAUGGCUUCGGUAUCCCUUCUCUCCCCUACAUUGCUGGUCGGGAUUUUGCCGGUGUGGUUGUCAAAGCACCCCAGGGGUCUGCCUAUUUAGGAGGUGACGUGGUUCUCUGUGCGUCCACGGACUACCGUGAUCAACGAAAGGCUGCAUACCAAGAGUACGCCGUCGCCCAAGAACACACUAUUUGCAAAUUGCCCUCCCAUGUCCCUGUCGCACACGGUGCUGCACUAGGGGUUGCGUAUGUGGCAGCCACUUUGGCGCUGGGGGUAUGUCUGAGCGUUCGGUUGCCGGCCUUGAUAGGUAACGAUCUAUGCGACAUCCUGCGAACAUUACCACCCGAUUCUUUCCCUGCCGAUAUUCGAUCCGAGUGCCUGGAGUCAAUCAAAGAGCAUGAGAGACCUUGCCCUGGGGAUUGGGUCACGAUAUGGGGUGGGUCAUCCACCAGCGCGCUGUUCUUAUCCCAGAUCGCUAGCCUAGCAGGCUUAAAGGUCAUUUUAGUGGUGGAUGUGGCGAGACACGGAGCGAGGUUGGCCAACUCUGGCUGUGUCCUUGUUGACUGUCACGAUCCCGCUAGAGCUGUCGUAACCAUUCGUGGCAUUACGCAGGGAAGUCUCCGAUUCGGAAUCGAUACUGUUGGCAAGGAAACUGCAGCACAACUUGUCCAAUGCUUAGAACCGAGUCCAGAAAAGAGAGCCCAUCUUGUUGCUUUGGCGGCGCUGCCAAAAAAAGAGGUACCAAGCGUUGUUUACCAUUCCGUGCCCAUGAAGAUCUUCCACGAGGUGCCUAAAAUUGGGAGAAGCUUGAUGCUCUGGUUGGGAAUAGCUCUGGAAAAGAGUUUACUAUCUCUCCCUGCAAUUUCCACAAUUCCGGGAGGGUUGGGCGGAAUCAAUGCAGCCUUGGAUCAAAUGCGCCAAGGCCAAGUGUCAGGCAGGCGCCUGGUCGUUCCUAUUUAA